UAUCGCAACAGAAUGUCCAGAUGGAAGUAGGAAGGAGUCCCAGUCGGAUUAGAGAGUCGCACUAUAUAAAGUCCUAUAAAAGAAGCCCCACCUGGGAGCGCCUCUCUUCAUAAUAUUACUCACAGACGAAAUUCUGAUCAGACGAUUAGUUUCGAGAAGCGAAAGAACUUGCAAGCGAAAGUCCAAGAAACCGCCAUGGCCGGCAGGGACCAACUUGAGGUCCUCAACGUGCUCGACCAAGCCAAAACGCAGCUAUACCACUUCACCGCAGUGGUGAUCGCCGGGAUGGGGUUCUUCACCGAUUCCUACGAUCUCUUCUGCAUUUCCCUCGUCACCAAGCUCCUCGGCCGCAUAUAUUACCAUGUCGAAGGGUCGUCGAAACCCGGCAGCCUGCCGCCGAAUGUCGCCGCCGCAGUCAAUGGGGUCGCCUUCUGUGGGACCCUAAUUGGGCAGCUCUUCUUCGGGUGGCUUGGCGACAAGUUGGGAAGGAAACGCGUCUUUGGCAUAACGCUCAUGCUUAUGGUCAUGUGCUCCAUUGCUUCCGGCCUCUCCUUUGGGAGCUCGCCAAACUCAGUGAUGGCCACUCUCUGCUUUUUCAGGUUUUGGCUCGGCUUCGGCAUCGGCGGAGAUUACCCGCUCUCCGCGACGAUCAUGGCGGAGUACUCCAACAAGAAGACACGUGGAGCUUUUAUUGCUGCAGUUUUCGCCAUGCAAGGGUUUGGAAUUCUUUGUGGCGGCAUGGUGGCUAUAGUAGUCUCCGCCAUCUUUCGGACUCUGUUUCAUGCACCGGCUUACUCUGUAGAUCCAACCGGUUCAACUGUCCCUCAGGCGGACUAUGUUUGGCGGAUCAUUCUCAUGUUCGGAGCAGUGCCUGCGGCUUUGACUUAUUAUUGGCGCAUGAAGAUGCCGGAGACCCCUCGUUACACUGCGCUCGUUGCCAAGAAUGAAAAGAAAGCUUGCCAGGACAUGUCAAAGGUUUUGAACAUUGAAAUUCAACAAGUCAAGGAGGCGAAAGAUGAGGUGGUAGCGGUUAAAAAUAGAUCAAAUUCUUUCGGGUUAUUCACUCGAGAAUUUGCCCGCCGGCAUGGGCUGCAUUUACUGGGGACGACAACAACUUGGUUCCUGCUGGACAUUGCUUAUUAUAGCCAGAAUCUGUUCCAAAAGGACAUAUUCAGUGCCGUUGGCUGGAUCCCUCCGGCAAAAACCAUGAGCGCCCUUGACGAGCUUUACAAGAUUGCAAGGGCUCAAACGCUGAUUGCUCUCUGCGGCACAGUUCCCGGCUACUGGGUAACCGUCCUUCUCAUCGACUAUAUUGGAAGGUUUGCCAUUCAGAUGAUUGGGUUUUUCUUUAUGUCCAUUUUCAUGUUUGCCCUUGCAAUUCCCUACCACCACUGGACACAAAAAGCGAACCACAUUGGCUUUGUGGCCAUGUACGCCUUAACCUUCUUUUUCGCCAAUUUCGGGCCUAAUAGCACUACAUUCAUCGUUCCGGCGGAGAUAUUCCCGGCAAGGCUUCGAUCAACUUGCCAUGGUAUUUCUGCAGCUUCGGGAAAAGCCGGUGCAAUAGUGGGAGCUUUCGGGUUCUUGUAUGCAUCACAAAGCCAAGACAAAUCAAAGACCGAUGCCGGGUACCCUCCCGGAAUUGGUAUGAGAAAUUCUCUCCUUGUGCUUGGCGUGAUUAGUGUGUUAGGGCUAUUCUUCACGUGUUUGGUACCGGAGUCAAAGGGGAAAUCGCUGGAGGAGAUGUCAAGGGAAGGUGAAGAAGAAGAAUGUUAAUUAAGAUCAAGGUCAUGAUGAAGAGCAAUUCAGUAGUAUUUAAUUAAACUGCUUAAUUAGGGUUAUUGUAGAA